CCUGUUUCCACUACUCUGUAAUCUUUGAUUAUUACAUAGUAUUUUAAUUGAUAUCCCGGGUUUUUGCAUCAUCACAAGCAUGACAUCACUGCCUCGGGAUCGACCCGCCAGCCUUUAUUUGCUCCCUCGUAUUUCUUCUUUUACUUUGCACGCUUAUGCUGUUAAUAAUUCGACUCCUUCUCUCACAUUCUGGCCAACUCUUGGGUUUGUAAGGCCCCUGCUAAGCUCUCCUACUAACCUUAAUUGUCUUGGAAAACCCUGGGCCCAACCCAACUCUUCCUUCUACUUAUAAGCGCUGACGGUCACCCUCUCUCCCCCUCCAUCCUCCUCCCCCCUCUCAUCUGCCCCCGUCAUUGACGGUCAUUCUUCCUCAUCUUUACCCAUUCAAUCCUAUUUAUCACAUCACAUGGGAGUUGACUCC